GAUGCUAUUACAUCUAGCCGAGAUCUCAAGUGUUCUAUCAAAUACCAUUCAUACAAAAAUUGUGUUCCUUAAAAGUUAACAAAUUAAAUAACUCUAAAUUAUAAUUUUCUACUUAUGAUAUGUUACUUAUUGAAGUCAAAUAUCAGUUUUAAACAAAUUGAUGGAAAUUGCUCAACAAGUUAAAGUAAAAUAAAAUUUGAAAAAAAAAACGAACGAGCAGGUACUUUCUCUCCCGUGAUCCACCGUGAGAACUUAUCAUCAUGCAGUCUAAGUUGUCUACAACGCUGACCACCCUCAAGACUCAGAUCGGGACAGUGCGAAAUUUGCAAACAAAGGCAUCAGGAGUUAUGGUUCGUAAAAUUCAAUAGCACGUGUGUCUACCAUUGUGAUGAAUAGUUGGUUAGUUUCCAGGCUGUGUUGGUCUGUUGUGUUCUAUUGUCAACAAGUCAUCGCUCCUUUACGAUGGGUGUUCCGAACGUAACAAAGGACGAUGAACGAGGGAUCCGUUGUCUUUUUUGUAAACAAAUUAUAUAUAUAUAUAUAUAAUUAUAAUGAAUAAUGAAAUGUUUAUAUCCAAAACUAUUGUAAAAACGUUCAAGUAGCGACCUCUCGUUGCUGAUAUUGAAAUUUGUUCAACUAAAAAUAAAAAAAAAAACAUGAUUUAAAAGACAGAAGAUCAAGUUGUCUCCCCAUCUAACCGAACUAAACAAUCCGUUGUUACGUUCCCUUGUCACGUACUUCUCUGCCCCCCCCCCCAACCUCCUUUUCUCUGCCCCAGCCACUUGAACUCCGCGCUUACAUUUAAUGAGGGAAAACAACUUUCCAUUGUCGUUGAUCCUUUUAUUUGUUCAUAAUUUAACAACUGUUUGUUUUUUUUUUUUUAAAAAAUAAAAACAUAACAACCCGUUGUUACGUUCCCUUGUCACGUACUUCUCUGCCCCCCCCCCCAACCUCCUUUUCUCUGCCCAGCCACUUGAACUACGCGCUUACAUUUAAUGAGGGAAAACAACUUUCCAUUGUCGUUGAUCCUUUUAUGUGAUCAUAAUUUAACAACUGGUUGAUUUUUAUUUUUUAAAAAAUAAAAACAAAACAUUGUCAGGACUUGAAGCCAUUUGAAUUUCCAUAUUUACAAAAAUCAAAAGCUAGCUGAUGACGGAUGGCUAUUCAACGGCUGUUCAUCAUUGGCGAAACAUAUUAUGCCACGGUUUGACCACAGUAAUGUUAAAUAUUUUGGACUGAUGCACGGUACAUUAGAACCGCGUUAUUUACGACAGAACUUAAAAUAUUAUAGAGAUAUUUUAUUUGCAUUUUUUUAAAAAUUAUAUAGACUAACAAACAGUAAUGUGCAGAGUUAUAAAAAUUUUACAAUUUUCUUGUCAAACAUCGACAUUCUCCUUGUGAGACGGGAAACGAUUCUUCCAAGGGAUCUUUUUUUUACUUUCUUUUUUGCCAUCUUGUAUUUCUGACUUUUAAAAAAGUUGAUCAUGUUGAGAAGUGGUCGUGUUGUGUACAGACUGGGCCAGUGUUACGGCCAAGUCCAGGUCACCGUCAUCAAGAACUCCAAUGUGUAUACGUAUUAUUCACAGCGGUUGCCAAGGACGCCAGCGGCCAUUAAACCAGCCGACAGGUUUCUCGGCGCUCCCUUGGAAUCAUCUCUGAGCAAGACGUUCCGCGGGAAAGAAUAUUCCUCCGCGACCGACGACCGAACUAAUGCGUCAACAGAAAGAAGAUUCGCUCACACGUCGGCUGCUGGUAUGUAUCAUUUGCUGAUGUUGUACUUUAUCAACCAUAAUAGAAUCUUAACUAAUGAACUUUAUCAACCGUGAUAAAAUCUUAACUAAAGAACUUUAGGUAAAUUACCGGGACGACUCCCACUAUUUUAUCGAAUUUCACGAAUGUAUCCCUAAAUCGAUCCCUAUGCCUAACAUGAACCCUAAAUCGAUCCCUAUGCCUAACCUGAACCCUAACUCGAUCCCUAUGCCUAACCUGAACCCUAAAUCGGUCCCUAUGCCUAACCUGAACCCUAAAUCGAUCCCUAUGCCUAACCUGAACCCUAAAUCGAUCCUUCAACCUAACCAAAACCCUAAUUCACUGCAACUAUAAUAAACACACAAAAGACGCAGUGGCAGCCGUCCUCAGAUUUAGCCGAACUUUAUCAACAUUGAAAGAAUCUUAACGAAAGAUCUUUAUCAACUAUAAUAGAAUAUUAACUAAAUAAAUUUAUCAACCAUGAAAGAAUCUUAACUAAAGAAAUUUAUCAACAAUGACAGAAUAUUAACUAAAUAAAUUUAUCAACCAUGAAAGAAUCUUAACUAAAGAAAUUUAUCAACAAUGACAGAAUCUUAACUAAAGAAAUUUAUCAACAAUGACAGAAUCUUAACUAAAGAAAUUUAUCAACAAUGACAGAAUCUUAACUAAAGAACUUUUUAAAAAUGUUUUACAACACACACGCAACAUUUUCAACUGAAUAUUUGUAACUUAAAAACUGGAUCGUAACAGCAGACGAUCAACUUAUUCUGAACGAUGACUCAAUAUUCCUAAUAACUCCUGUUACGCUUCAAAGUCUCAGAAAUCCAAACUAUUUUUGUAAAGUAUGCGCUACUUAUAAAUGUCAAUACUCGUAGGUCGAGAUUCUAUCUCUUGGGACCUCUGGCCGUGAAACAUAGCCUAGUAGUCCCUGGGGACUCCGGCCAAGCAACAAGGCCUUGAGUAAUGGGGUUUAGGGCAGGUUACGUCCACUCAUGAGGGGACAGUUUUGCGUCACAGCCCCCCUUGUCCAUUGAGUCGUACGGUCGGGACGUAAGGUUGGAACAGCUUUGCUUCCUCUCCGGAGUUGGCGUUGCGUUGCCACCCCCACAGCCUAGGGAGUCAUGCUUUCCUUGGUGCGGGACGGCUUUACUUCAACUCCGGGAGUAGUCACGAGCUUAACUUUCUCCCACCGUUCCUAAGAGUUGCUCGAGAAAUUGGUUCCCAACGAUUUGUUUCCCUCCGGGGAGGCGUAGCGUUGCCUCAAACCCGCUACCCGGGAGUGGUUCGGUCUGGACUGUGAAGGGUCAAAACGGCUUUUACUUCCUCUCCGGGGGAGGCGUUGCGUUACCUCAACCCACUGUUCGGGAAGUGGUUCGGGCUGGACGUAGCGGGGACGAAACGGUCACCUAGGGGCGGCUUUGUCAGGGCCGCGUCUUUUUUAAUCAUUGACAAGGGUUUGGGCGGCCACCCACUGCCUCAAACCCAUCAACGGCAACACGUAAUCAUGUUAGCGCUUAAACUUCCGUUGCGAUGGAAAUCAUGCGUUUUGCCUGGGAUCUUUUAGCUUCAGAAGGAGGAGAACUCCCCCCCCCCCUACUAGUCAGGCACGCCACGAAGAGGCAAGAUCCCGUGUAACACCACCGACAGCUUGUGGUGCUGGGAAAGAUCCCGUGUAACACCACCGAGAGCUUGUGGUGCUGGGCAAGAUCCCGUAUAACACCACCGAGAGCUUGUGGUGCUGGGCAAGGAUUUGCCAGAGGUCCACUCUUAAACCCUCCUGAGUAUGCGCUACUCGCAGGCCGUAUCUCAUGCUUUAUCACAUCCUGUAUCACGUGCUGUAUCCCGUGCUGUAUCACGUUGUCUAUACUUCGAUACAUUGUUACCAGCCUGUCGAAUCCAUUUCAUUUAACGCUUACCUUAUGAGUCCCGGAUUAUAGAGUGGAAGUAUUUCCCUUCCUGUUUCUUCUCUCGUCACUUUUGUUUCGUAAACUGUUUCCUGAUGGUCUUAAAAAAUAAAAUACAAAAACAAAACAAAACAACAGCAACAACAAACAAACGAAACAGGUUGAAAACUGUUAAAUUAUCUUCUUGGGCAAUUAUUUCACAGAUCACACGUAAGCUGGUUUUUAUUUCACAGAACACACCUGAGCUAGUUUUUAUUACACACUACACACCUGACCCACUUUUAUUUUCACUAUAGCCUUGCCUAAAAAUAUGCCGGCCGCAACCGUGACGUCAUGGAUCUCAGACCUCGUCUCCAGGACGACCAUCCAACAUCUGUCUCAGACCACCAUCCAACGCAGCAAGCGCAUGCUGCUGGACACCCUGGGGGUUGGCAUCCUCGGCUUCCAGACGGAGAUCGCACAGAUCGUGUCCAAGACGUGUGUCGGACUAGAGCAGUCGGCCACGAAUGGGAAAAACAGCAUGGGCGGAGCUGUGCUGUGGGGGUCAAGAAAUACGAGGGCGUCACCGGCAACAGGUAAUGAGGCUGUUGUUUUUGUUUUUGUUUUAAAAUUUCAUAACAACAUAAAUAUAAAAAUUCAUUUGCAACCAGUGAAGUAUCCCCCUGAAAACCAUGCACAGUAACAUCGCGAAAACCGCUGAAACAUAGGAGCCAGAAUGAUCAAUCAAUUGAUCGUGGGCCCUCAAAAUAUAGAAGAAGACGAAGUAAUAUUUAAUUUGGUGAUCAGUCUUAAAUUUUUCUGGAACCUCUUUAAACAUUUCACAUCCAAAAUUCUUUAUUCCCAAUUGUUUUACGGGUAGUGUUAAGUUUUGAAUUUCAAAGCAAUUGAUAAUUAUCUUUGCUCUGUGUUAAUUUUAAAAAGUUAGAUUUUUUUGGAAAUCGUUUAUUAAUGAUUGUUUUGAUGUUGACCAGCCGCCUUCAUUAAUGGGGUCAGCAUCCACGCCAUGGACUUUGAUGACACCUGGCACCCGGCAACCCACCCCAGUGGCCCGACCCUCCCUGCUAUCAUCGCACUGGCGGAGUCGAUGACGGGUGCAAUGAGCCCAUCACUGGAGGAAGUGCUGGUGGCGUACAACGUCGGCAUCCAGGUCCAAGGACUGCUGCUGCGCUCAUCAAACUCAGCCAAGAGCAUCCCAUGGAGGUAGUUUCUCUUUUUUUUGUUCCCCUCUUCCCUGUUAGCAUUAAUAACAUGGAGGUAACAUCACCUCAUAAUCACGGACAUUAGUUACAUGAAGGCAACAGAAUCUCACAUAUACGAAUGUGAAAUAUUAUAAUUGUUAAAUUAUCUGGGAUACUUAUUAAAGCAUUAUGGUGAAAGAUCGCAUACGUAUAUAUAUAUAUAUAUAUAUAUAUAUAUAUAUAUAUAUAUAUAUAUAUUCUCAUAUUUUCUCUUUAUUUUUCACACACCAGCGUUUGUGGGUGUCUCACAUAUAUGAAUGUGAAAUAUUAUAUUUGUUAAAUUAUAUGUGAGACUUAUUAAAGCAUUAUAGUGAAAGAUCGCAUAUAUAUAUAUAUAUAUAUAUAUAUAUAUAUAUAUAUAUAUAUAUAUAUAUAUUCUCAUAUUUUCCCUUUAGGUUUCACCCACCAGCGGUUGUGGGUGUGAUGGGCAGCGCCGCCGCCUGCUCUAGUCUGCUUGGGUUUGGUCCUGAGAAGAGCAGGAACGCCCUGGGCAUCGCCGCAUCUUUCGCCGGGGCCCCCAUGGCUAACGCUGGCACCACAACAAAGCCGCUGCACGCUGGGAAAGCUGCAAGGUGGGCUCUUACUCAAUGAAACCACCACCCGUCGUCGUUUUCUUUAAAAAAAUAAGCUGCUCUGUUAACGAUGAUCUGCAUCAAUCUCAUUUAAAUCAUUGGUUUUAAAAUUAUAAUGUAAAAUAACUUUUGUCACAUUAAUUUGAAAUGCCAACAUAGGACACCAUUUAUGGAAUCAAGAAAUAAAUCUUCUCUAUUCAAAUGUCAAAAAUUCACGAUUAUAUACUACAUACUAUUCAAAUGUAAAAAAAAUUACGAUUAUACACUACUUAAGAUUCAAAUGUCAAAAAUUCAACAUUAUACACUACUUACUAUUCAAAUGACAUAAAUUCAUCAUAAUAUACUCUUGCCAUUCAAAUGUGAUCAGUUUACCAUUAAACACUACUUACAAUCAGAUUCGGUCUAGAGGCGGCACUACUGGCCGACCAGGGCAUCGAGGGGAACGAAAAUAUUCUAGAUAUGACGUCAGGAUUUGGAGCUUUCUACGAUGACUUCGAUCCGGAGUCUUUGCUUGCAGGUGAGUCUUAGUGAAACCUUAGUGAAGUCUUAGUGAAACCUUACUAAAACCUUAUUGAAGUCUUAGCGAAACUUUAGUGAAGUCUUAGUGAAAUCUUAGUGAAGUUUUAGCGAAAUCUUAAUGAAGUCUUAAUGAAACCUUAGUGAAAUCUUAGUGAAGUUUAGCGAAAACUUAAUGAAGUCUUAGUGAAACCUUAGUGAAAUCUUAUUACCUGAAGUAAGUCUUCUGAAACUUAUUUUCUAAAAUAAAAAACUUUAAUUUAUAGCAGAGCAUAAAUAUGAAUUAAUGGCUCAUCACUGUAUAGUUGUAAAAAAGAAGUGCAUACAAUUGAUCUAUACAUAACUGAAUUUGCCAUCAGAUGGUUUGUCUGAAAGGGGAAACAACUGAUAAAUAUUUGUCAAUUACUUGCAAACCUUCAUUAAGGUCCCUAAAUUCAUUAUCUUUAAAAUGUCUCCAACCUUUCAGUAUUCUUGGACAUCUAUAAACGUAUUUCAAAAUGUUAUAGAAUUGAUUACGGUUUUAACUGUCUGAAAACAAAGCUAUUUUUUAAAAAGUCUGUAUUUAUUAAAAUAUUCCCAGGCCUUCCUCACAAUUAUUUAUCUAGACUUAUCCUCCAUAUCCUUCCUUCCUUCCCUUGUUUCCCCAACAGAGCACUCCCAGAACUCCGAGUUCCUGCUCCACAGCCAGGACAUUGCCUUGAAACGUUUCCCCGCCCACCUUGGGAUGCACUGGACCAUCGAUGCCGCCUUGGCUGUCCGCUCCAACAUGGAGGGGCCUCUGCGAGUGGACAAGGUCAAGAGGGUCAUUGUUAAGGCCCCCCAGUAAGUCUUUGGGCUAUAGGUGGUUUUUGUUUUUAAACAUGAGUCUUACAUUGGACUAUAAUCUCGAAUCCAUAUGUCAAUGUUCACAUGAACGUCUUUGAACUGUUUAACCUCUAACCUUUUUUAUAAUUAACAGCAUGUUCUUCUUCAAGCUUCAUCUUUCUCCAAUGCCUCUAUUUCCUCGUCGGUCUUUUUAUUUUAUAUGAACAUGUCAGUACACGUCACCAACAGUGAUGUAGCUAGUGUUAGUGCCAUCUAGGACGAGCAAAUAAUUUUACCCCCCCCCCUUUUUUUUUUCAACGAUAAAACUUGGCAGUUUUCCGAAAAAAGAUACACUUCCAUUUAUAAAUAAAAAUAGCAACCUUACACGUCACCAACUGUGCUGUAGCUAGUGUUAUUGCCAUCUAGGACGAGAAAAUAAUUUUUCCCCCCCCCCCUUUUUUUUUUCAACGAUAAAACUUGGCAGUUUUCCGAAAAAAGAUACACUUCCAUUUAUAGAUAAAAGUGGCAACCGGGGCUCCUCCGCGCCCCAAUUUCCUACGACACUGGUCACCAAACCUUUUAAAAUUUGCGGAUUUUUUUCCUGAGCAUUGUCGUGAUCGCUUGAUUUCACGAUCGAGCCUAGAAGAGAUUGUAAAACAAAAAAAAAAUAAUAAAAAAAUCCCACACUGAGUCGCCUUGACAGUGAUAGAGCUAUGACAGGUCCCAAUAUUAUUGCGUGGUUCAGUAAUCCCUUUUGUUGCCCAUUUGCAGUUCCAAGUACAUCAACCGUCCACUGCCGUCAACCAUGCACGAAGCUCGCCACUCGUUCCAGUUCAACGCCUGCACCGCUCUACUGGACGGGGAGGUCACCCCCAAAUCUUACGAGGACAGUUGCAGAGCGAGACGUGACCUGGUGGCCCUGCUGAACAAGACUGAGGUUCAAACCCCUGAUGAUAACAAGCCUUCGUUUAACGAGAUGUAUGUGGAAGUGCACGUCUAUUUGAUGGUAAGUUCUUUGACAAAACUCUUGUUAUGAGAGUACGAUGAAUUGCAGGACAAUCAUUGCACAUUCAUUUGAUGGUAAGUUUAUUUUACAAAACUGGUGGUAUGAGAGUACACUUCGAUUUGAAAUAACUGGAGAGUCUGCACAAGCAGUGACGUCGUCAACAAAGGGAUAUGGGUUCAUUCUAUUUACGGUGACACCAUGUAGACCAGACGAACCAAGGUUUACCUGACUAUAGUCCUAUCUUACAUUGAAGCCCCAGUAAACCUUUGUAUUCAACCAACACUGGUGUCCACACCUGAAAACCUACUUUAGCUAUAAAACGGUAGACGCCACUUUCAUUGUCCUGAAUUCUCUAGUGUCACGGUCGGGGACAGGACUAUCACUCAAUUUUGUUUUUUUUAAUUCCCAAGAUUUGGUCCAACAAUUUCCCAAGAUUUCCCAAGAUCAUAAAAAUAUAUCUGAAUUUUUUUUUUAAGGAUCUUGGGAAUUUCUAAAAAAUAAAGGUGAGUUUUGGCCCUGAAUGGGGUAGUGCAUUCCCAAGAUCUUGGGAAAAUUCCACACGUAUGGCAGCCGUGGUCGGGGAUCGUUCAACUCUUGAGUCCCAUCGUUAACGCGUGCGUUCUGUCUAAUUUCAGGAUGGGUCAGAGGUCAGAGGUCGCUGUGAUACACCGUACGGUCACUGGAGGAACCCGCUGAGUGACGCGGACGUGGUCAACAAGUUCAGCGCCAACACCACGUCACUGGCCCAGCAGAACAAGCAGGAGAUCGUGAGACUGGUCAAGUCCAUGAGCAGCGGACAUAAGGCGUCAGACCUGGCCAGGUUGCUGUAUUCAUAUUAACUGGGUCGCUGGUCAGCUCGACUGCUGGUCCCAGGAGAACAAUCCCACCCAGAGGUCACCACUACCACUCAUGGAGUGGAUGGAGGAAAAUAUGUCACGAAAAUAUUUGAUUCGUGCAUCUGCUCAUUUUGCUUCGCAUUUUUAAAAAUUGCAAUUUGCAAAUAUAACUGUAUGCAAUAACGCGAUUUAUUGCAAUAGAAAUCUAUGUGAUAAUACUUAACAUAUUUUAAUCGAAAUCAUAUGGUAACAAUUGCUUAUAAGAUGAUCAACCCCCCAUCCCCCCCCCCACCACAAAACACACACACAGACAAUACUUUUUCUUUUCAUUUCAAUGUUUUCAAAAUUAAUUUUGAUUAUGUGCUUUUACUCGCAUAAUUAUGAUAUGUUGUGUUGGCAUGCUUACUUGCAUAAUAAUUAGGAUAUGUUGUGUUGACAUGAUUAACUUGCAUAAUAAUUAGGAUAUGCUGUGUUGGCUUGCUAACUUACAUAAUCAUUAUGAUAUAUUGCAUUGGUUGGCUAACUUACAUGAUCAUUAUGAUAUAUUGCUUUGGCUUGCUAACUUACACAAUCAUUAUGAUAUAUAGCGUUGGCGCGCUUACUCGCAAACAUCUUUGAUCAACUUGCCUGGGACGCUUUCGCCUUUGACCACAGUCACGUGAUGAUGCUGACCAUCUGCAGUUUAUAAUUUUAAAAUGUCACUUUGAUUUCUUAAAUAAUAUCUUUAAUCAGCUUUAUUUACAGUAAAUCUAGUUAUGGCAACCCACCACAGCGCUGGGACGACGUCCCAUGCUGUCAUAGAACUGCAUGGAAGGCUUCCAAACAUUUUAUGGACUUUGUAUUUUAUUUGAGGCAGUGAGCCCUAAUUUAUGAUUAAUUGUCAAAAGUUUAUUUUUAACAUUGAAAAAUUACAACUUAAUCUACAUGUGUUUCAAUAUAAUGUAUAUAUACUAUUUUUUUUAAAGCUAUCAAUGGAUUUUAAAAAUGGAGUUGUUUUUUUUCCUUGCUUCAACAAUGUGAACGGGACUUAAAUAAUUGACGCGAUAGUUCUCAGUGUGGAUGACAUUCGGCUCUAAGUGUGGAUGACAUUCGGCUCUAAGUGUGGAUGACAUUUGGAUUUAAUUGUGGAUGAUAUUUGGCUCUAAGUGUGGAUGACAUUUGGCUCUAAGUGUGGAUGACAUUUGGCUCUAAGGUUGGAUGAUAUUUGGCUCUAAGUGUGGAUGACAUUUGGCUCUAAGUGUGGAUGACAUUUGGAUUUAAUUGUGGAUGAUAUUUGGCUCUAAGUGUGGAUGACAUUUGGAUUUAAUUGUGGAUGAUAUUUGGCUCUAAGUGUGGAUGACAUUUGGCUCUAAGUGUGGAUGACAUUUGGCUCUAAGGUUGGAUGACAUUUGGCUUUAAGUGUGGGUGACAUUUGACUCUAGGUGUUGAUGUUAAUUACCUCUAAGAAAUGGCUCAAAGUGUGAAUAACAUUUGGCUCUAAAAGUGAAUGGCAUUUGGCUCUAAAAGUGAAUACAUUUGGCUCUAAAAGUGGAUGCUCGUCUGUUGAUCGGCAGAUGUGUUUGUUUGGAUUGUUGGAUUCUGUACUUUGUUUAAUUCAUGGCCUAAUGUCAUGUAUUACUGGUGAUGUUGUGAUGCAUUUUUGUGGUGUAUCUUUGUGGUGAUGUUACUGUGGUGUGAGGCGUAUGCGUGGUCCAACUGACGCGUCCAAACGUAAUGUGUUAACUGUUAAGCGUGGGUUUGACUGAUUCCUCCACUACCGUACUUGUAGCGGUAAAGUAGUGUCUGUUUAUUGCAGAGUCAGCGCGUGUUUGAAUGCGUUUCCCUUACCGUACUUGUAGCUAUAAAUGUACUGUCUAUUUCAGUGAAUGUUUUGAGCUGAAGUUUGAAGCUGAAGUAUAGCACCCACAGUGCUGUCUUAAGUACUCUUCUGGUGGUUGUGUUUGAUAUUCUGACUCCAGCAGACAAAGUCACAGUAACAUUGAGUUGAAUCCAUUUCUGUUGGGUUAACUAAUAUUUGGAUUUGUGUGCAGAAUGAGCUCUUCCUUCUGAAGGUCAAAUUCUUUGUAUUAAAUGGCGGUUUAAAUAUCCGUCUAAUAUGUGUGGCAGGUGUGUACCACGGCUGUACCACGGCUGUAUCAUGGCUGUACCACGGCUGUACCACGGCUGUACCACGGCUGUAUCACGGCUGUACCACGGCUGUAUCACGGCUGCACCCUGGCUGUAUCAUGGCUGUAUUAUGGCUGUAUAAUGACUGUAUCAUGGCUGUAUCAUGGCUGUAUCAUGGCUGUAUCAUAAGCCGUAUCAUGACUUAUGACUCAUCAUGGCUGUAACACUAUAAAAACGACUUGUAAAACGACUGUUUUUUUUAAACUGUAUCAUAACAAUUAUGGUUGUAUCAUUAUUGUAACAAGACUGUUUCAUGAUUGUAUCUUGUUUGCAACAAGUCUUUAUCAUGAGUUUAUCUUGACUGUAUAACGACUGUAUCAUGAGAGUAACAUGAUAUUCCAUGCUCAGGGAGAGGCGUAAUUGAUGUAUUAACCAUUUGUGCACACUUUGUUUUUUACGUGAGAAAUAUAAUAAAGAACUGAU